AUGGAUCUCCUCCAGAAACACGGACACCUCAAACACGACCGCGCGAAAUCCCUCGCCCAGAAACAAGAGGCGGAGGAGCGGCGUCAUCAGAGUCAACAGGAGUUCAACGAGCUGCUCGGGAACUUCGGCCAGUCGCAUCACGAUCAUCCUGAUCGGAGGAGUAGUGGCGCGGGGAAUAUGGCGAGGGAUAUUGAAGAGUUUAAGAGGAGACUGUCGAAUGGGGAGAGUUUGGAGCAGAAGGAGUGA